AUGUCUCUACUUUCAAAGUUACGCUUGAUCACCGUGGAUGUUACUGGUACACUGAUUGCUUACAAAGGACACCUUGGGGAUUACUACUGUAUGGCAGCUAAGUCUGCUGGGAUGCCAUGUCCUGACUAUAACCGUAUGCAUGAGGGCUUCAAGCUUGCAUACACUGAGAUGGCAAGACAGUACCCUUGCUUUGGAUUUGCGGCUAAGAUGCCGAACAUUGAAUGGUGGAGGACAUGUGUUAAGAAUUCAUUCGUUAAGGCUGGCUAUGAUUAUGAUGAGGAGACAUUUGAGAAAAUCUUCAGGCACAUUUAUUCUGCUUUUGGCUCCUCUGCGCCAUAUUCAGCAUUUCCUGAUGCACAGCCCUUUAUGCGGUGGGCGCGGGAAAAGGGACUCACUGUUGGUGUUGUCAGCAAUGCAGAGUACCGCUACAAAGAUUUUAUCUUGCCAGCUUUAGGGUUGAAUCAGGGCUCCGAGUGGGACUUUGGGGUGUUCUCAGGCAUGGUUGGUGUUGAGAAGCCAGACCCAAGAAUUUACAAGAUAGCGUUGGAAAUGGCAGGAAACGUCGCACCAGAAGAAGCGCUCCACAUAGGUGACAGCAUGCGGAAGGACUACACCCCAGCUAGGAGCAUCGGGAUGCAUGCGCUGCUCCUGGACCGGUUCAAGACUGCCGAUGCCGAGAGCUGGAGGCAGUCAGGCGCGACGGUGCUCCCCGAUCUGGUUGCCACUCAAGAGUGGCUCACCAAGAAUCAGAAUGAGGAACAGGAGGAAACAGUGGCAGCGCGAGUGCUGAACAGGAUAUCUGAAAAGCUAAAAAUGGGGGCUUAA